UGAUACGCCAGAAAAAUAGUAUUAUAAGAUGGCACCUCCGCUGCGCCCGAAUGCAGUCGCAUUCAUAUCACCCCAAAACCACCCGAUCCUCAUCCGUACAUUCGAAAAAGGGGACGAGCUGAAGUACCACUAUGUAGCCCAUACAAGCCUCGAUGUCAUUGAGGAACGAACAAAUGGUCCAACAAAAUCUAACGACUGUUACCUCGGCCUUCUCUACGCCAUGGAUGACAUAGCUGCUUACGGGUACAUAACACCUCUAAAAAUGAAGAUUGUUCUCGCUCUCCCACUCACAGACUCUGUCGUACGUGAUGCGGAAGUGAUCAUGACAUUUAAAGCCCUCCACCUAGCCUACUACCAUGCUUCCUCGAACCCUUUCAUCCGACUUCAUGAUACGCCUACGGGCGUGGGGAGCGCCAAGUGGAAGCGCUUCAGACAGAAAGUAGACGAGAUAAGUAGGGCUGCCAGUGGUGGGAGUGUGCCUUCUUGAACUAGUCACUGCACCAAGGUAAUGGAUGUAAGAAGAAUUGAACUGAACUGCCGAUAGUGGCGCAUGUCUGAUUGUAAUUUUGUGUGGCUCAGGUUCGCAGCUGACUCGCCGCGCUUUGCAGGCUCCGGCCAUCCUUAUGACAAGCGCGUGGUCAUGCUACUCGUUUGUUACGUGUGGACCGAAAUGGAUCAAACCCUUCUAUUGACUCAGAUGUCUAGCGAGCACCGCGUCUGAGACAGAUACGGGGUUGAUAUGUUUCAUUUCCUUGUCUAUUUUCUCUCACUAGCUCCUCUUGUGUAUUAUUUGGAGACGUGUCUUGUGGCAUGGCAGUCAAUGGUCUGCGCGCCAUCCACAUUUCGAACAAUAUUUAGCUUCAUCAGUAUCGUUCCUGGAACCUAAUUCAAUUCACAUGCAACCCACUCGCUCAUUUCAGC